AUGCCUAUGCCACCCAACUCGAAGAGGCUGCUUGCUAUACAUCCUAAAGUGUUGAGACAGCCUCAAAGGGCUGUCACUACCUCCCUGACUACCUCCCUGCCUAGCACUUUUAUCACAGCCAUGAACGACAGGAUAGACGACAUGGAACACUUUAAGUCGAUUGGAAAGUGCCUUGGGAAUGCACUAGACUAUAUGCGACGCAAUACGCAACGGCCGCGACGACAUCACCAGGGUUCGAGCCAUCUAUCAAAAAUGCUUGAAGAUGCUAAGAGCGAGGUCCAGUAA